AUGAGGUUGGUGGGUGCACGGGUUGUCAAAGCGAUGCACACUGCAAUCCAACCUGAUAUUGACAACGCGAAUCAUCAGCUCGCAAGAUUGCGGCCAACAAGGCAGCGGAGCCAAGUUUUCUGUGGUGACACCUGGUCGUCAGCCAGGCGGCGCACCAGACGUCAUUGUUGUCAUCAACGGGUGUCAUCACCCCUCAUUUUGUCUCAUUCAUAUUCUUUUGUCACUUUCGCUGUCUGGGAAGACACUGUUUUCACCCUAUUACAAAUAGCGCUCUUGGGAAGGGGAGGGGUCCUGGCCGUGGGCGCUUUGAGAUUAUGCCAUUGCACUGUGAUCGAAGCAAGGCAGAAAGGGGGCUGGAAUGGUCUCCGCGCCACGGGAAGAGCAUCCUGUGCAAUCCUUCUUUCAUGCCCGCUGGGGCGCCCAUGCCCAGACAUGGCGUUUUGGCUGUUUGGUGUUGCAGAGGGCAAGUCCUCCCGACAGGGUGGCGAGCAGGGUACGGUCCAAUGGAUGUCCGGAGAGCAGCGCAUCGGGGGGCACAGAUAUGGACCAUUGGCCGUGGCUAAUGUCGACAAUGACCAGCAACAGCAUUUGGUGAUUGGCGCCUUGUACAUAGCUGCCCAGAGAGCCAUGAAACGACAAUCAGCAGGUGGAACGACGGAUCGGGUGCACUGGGGAGAAUCGGCGGCGAGUAGAGACUCGAGCUGUCAUGGGUUGUUGUUGGAAACUCAUGCAUGCAACACAACAUUUAACUGGCGACGGCAGCGGCUGGCGCUCCAUUGUCAGUCCAAGUCAGCAAUUGCAUCGCACGAGUAG